AUGUCGGCCGACAAACAAAAGAUUCCCGCCAUGAGCGGGACCAAGCAGCCCGGUUCCGAAGGCGUUCACGAACAGUUUCCGGUGACAACAGGCUCCGCGGCCGUGGACGACGACGUCGAGUCCGGCGGCGAGGCCAGCGUCGCGGAAAUUGAGCGGAUCUACAGAAAACUAGACCGCCGCAUCAUCCCCGCUUUUUGGGUUCUCUACUUCCUCUGCUCAGCCAUCCGAUCCAAUGUCGGACUGGCACAGACGAUGAACGAGGACUCGGGACACGAUCUCGCUUCUGUGCUUCAUCUGAACAAACAUCAGAUCUCGACGGGCCUAGCGCUUUUCUACGUCUGCUAUGUUGUAUUUGAUCUCCCAUCCAACCUGAUCAUGACUCGGCUCAGUCCGCAUGUCUGGAUGAGUCGGAUCGUGAUCAGUGUGGGGUUGAUUGGGACUUGUAUGACGGCUAUGAAAGCUGCCUGGAGUUUCUAUCUCCUCCGUCUCCUCCUGGGAAUCGUCACGGCGGGCAUGUGGCCCGGAAUGACCUACUACCUAACCCUCUUCUACCCGCCCUCGCGCACAGGCAAGCGCAUCGGCCAGUACUUCACCGCAGCACAGGUCUCCGCUGCGGUAGUCGGGCUCGUCUCCGCCGGCUUCCAAGAGAUGGACGGCACGCGCGGCUACGUGGGAUUCCAGUGGAUGUUCCUCGUCUACGGCGUCGUGACUAUCGCCGUUGGUAUUUCCCUGCUCUGGUGGCUGCCGGACCGUCCCACGCCUCCCGGUGAGCCCCGUCCCGAGCGCCGCUGGUUCAUGCGCUGGCUGCCGCGCAGUUCUCCGGCGCUGACGGGGCAGGACGCUGAGGUACACUACCGUGAUCUGAAGCGCGUGUACCAUGCCCCUGGGUGGACGCUACGGGACUUGCUGCAUGUCUUUAUGGACUGGCGUCUGUGGCCCUUGCUGGUUAUGUACUUUGGCGUCGUGGGUGUCGGUAUCGGUACGCAGUUGUAUGCCACCGUCAUUAUCCAGGCGAUCAACCCGUCCUUGAGUACCGUUGAUCUGAGCCUGUUGAGUGCGCCAAUUUGGAUUAUGGACCUCAUCGCCAUCCUCCUUGUAACCCCCCUAUCAGACCGCUUCCAUCGCCACCGCGCGAUAUUUUUCUCAAUUCCAGCAAGCCUCCAGAUCCUAGGUCUCCUCUUAACAAGCUAUGCGGGCUCAGACGCCAACCCGUGGCCCCGAUACGGCGGUCUACUGAUCGUAGGCUUCGGCCUCGGCCCCACGGUGCCCAUCACCAUGACCUGGACAACGGAGAUCUUCCAGCCGCGGCACGGUGAGGUCGGUGUAGCCGCGGCGUCGGCCGUCGUCUCGGGCCUGGGUAACCUCGGCAGUAUCCUCACCACGUACGCACUGUACUCGGGCUGGAAGAGUGACUAUGAGGCACCGGGGCGCCAGAAGUACCGCAAGAGCAACCUCGUUAUGAUUGGGAUACUCAUUGCGAGCAUUCUCUCUGCGGCGCUGAUGGAGAUUCUGUUGCGCUUUGUUGAUGGUAGGUACCGGCAUGUUGAGAGGCAGGCUGAUGCUGCUGUUGAUGAGGCAGGCAGGCGGGAGGUAAGACAGCGUGGAUUGCACGGCUUGCUGUCCGGGGUGACGGGGAGGUGGGGGAGGCGGAGUGCAAAGGUGGAAAGCAAAUAA